AUGGAUAGUCAGAGAUACACCAGUCCUGGAGGGUUACAGUAUAUAAUGGAUAGUCAGAGAUACACCAGUCCUGGAGGGUUACAGUAUAUAAUGGAUAGUCAGAGAUACACCAGUCCUGGAGGGUUACAGUAUAUAAUGGAUAGUCAGAGAUACACCAGUCCUGGAGGGUUACAGUAAUAAUGGAUAGUCAGAGAUAAACCAGUCCUGGAGUGUUACAGUAUAUAAUGGAUAGUCAGAGAUACACCAGUCCUGGAGGGUUACAGUAUAUAAUGGAUAGUCAGAGAUACACCAGUCCUGGAGGGUUACAGUAAUAAUGGAUAGUCAGAGAUACACCAGUCCUGUAGGGUUACAGUAUAUAAUGGAUAGUCAGAGAAACACCAGUCCUGGAGGGUUACAGUAUAUAAUGGAUAGUCAGAGAUACACCAGUCCUGGAGGGUUACAGUAAUAAUGGAUAGUCAGAGAUACACCAGUCCUGGAGGGUUACAGUAUAUAAUGGAUAGUCAGAGAUACACCAGUCCUGGAGGGUUACAGUAAUAAUGGAUAGUCAGAGAUACACCAGUCCUGGAGGGUUACAGUAUAUAAUGGAUAGUCAGAGAUACACCAGUCCUGGAGGGUUACAGUAUAUAAUGGAUAGUCAGAGAUACACCAGUCCUGGAGGGUUACAGUAUAUAAUGGAUAGUCAGAGAUAA